CCCCCGUCAUCCCGGUGAGGGAGGAGACAGACCUGUCGCUCAUCCGCUCUCUCUCCGCCGGUGCAGCAGCAGCAUCUCUCCCGUCCUCGGUGCGUCUCAGCCCGGCUCGAUGCAGGACAGAUGAACGCUGCGACAUCCCUCUCUCUCUCAUGACUGAGACAUGCUCGCCUUCGCUUUAGUCGCUGGCUCUGUCUGGGUUGUACUAGAGCUCAGCUCCACACUUAUGGAGAAGAUGCAGUCUCGGGAUCUGCUGCUGGGUGUUCCUGAGCUGGAUGAUUUGGGUCAGCUCCUGCGCUCUCUGCCCACCUCCACGCUGCUGGGUCUGGGCGCUCUGACCGCUGUGCUGGUCUACUGGAUCUCCACCCGGCCGCGGCCCAUCACACCGCCCUGCGACCUCCGGCUCCAGUCACAGGAAGUGCAGAUGGAGGAUGGUGCUCGAAGGUCCCUGAUAAGCGACAGCUCCACGCUGCUCUCGUACUAUCACGAGGACGCCAAGACCAUGUACGAGGUGUUUCAGCGAGGUCUGCACAUCACUGGUGACGGACCCUUUUUAGGCUCCAGACUCCCCAAUCAACCCUACAAAUGGCUGUCCUACAGAGAGGUGUCCAGCAGGGCGGAGCACUUGGGCUCUGGUUUACUGUCUCAGGGAUGUCAGCCCAGUCCAGAUCAGUUCAUCGGGGUGUUUGCUCAGAACAGGCCUGAGUGGAUCAUCUCUGAGCUGGCGUGCUACACGUACUCCAUGGUGGUGGUGCCCUUGUACGACACGCUGGGACCCGACGCCAUCCGCUACAUCAUCAACACAGCUGAGAUCUCCACAGUGAUCUGUGAUAAAGCAGAGAAAGCGUCGGUUCUCCUGGAGAACGUCCAGCGAGGAGAGACGCCGGGCCUGAAGAUGAUCAUCCUCAUGGAUGCCUUUGACACUCAGCUCCUGGAAGAAGCUCAGAAGUGCAGCGUUCACAUCCGGGCGCUCAGAGAUGUGGAGGCUCUGGGUCGAGAGCACUACAGGAAACCUGUGCCUCCCGGAGCAGAUGACCUGUCCAUCAUCUGCUUCACCAGUGGAACCACAGGAAACCCGAAGGGAGUGAUGCUGACCCACGGGAACGUCGUGGCUGACUUCGGUGGCUUCUUGAAAGUGACAGAUAAGGUGAUCUUUCCAAACCAAGAUGACGUUCUCAUUUCCUUCCUGCCUCUUGCUCACAUGUUCGAGAGGCUGAUUGAGGCGGUGGUCAUCUGUCACGGCGGGAGGAUUGGCUUUUUCCAAGGAGAUAUCCGUCUGCUUCCGGACGACAUGAAGGCUCUCAGGCCCACCAUAUUUCCAGUGGUGCCUCGACUCCUGAACCGCAUGUAUGACAAGAUCUUCAGUCAGGCCAACACCUCGCUCAAACGCUGCCUGCUGAACUUCGCGGCUAAGAGGAAAGGGCUGGAGGUGCGCCGCGGCGUGAUCCGCAGUGAUAGCGUAUGGGACAAGAUCUUCUUCCACAAGAUCCAGGCCAGUCUGGGCGGCAGGUUACGGAUGAUCAUCACCGGAGCGGCUCCUGCGUCCCCGAUCGUCCUGGACUUCCUGAGAGCAGCACUCGGCUGUCAGGUGUACGAGGCGUACGGUCAGACGGAGUGCACCGCUGGAUGCACCUUCACCACUCCUGGAGACUGGACGGCCGGCCAUGUAGGCGCUCCGCUGCCCUGUAAUCUCAUUAAGCUGCUGGAUGUGGCUGAGAAGAACUACUUUGCUGCUAAAGGAGAGGGAGAGAUUUGUGUGAAAGGCCCAAACGUCUUUAAGGGUUAUCUGAAGGAUCCCGUGAGGACGGCUGAGACGCUGGACGCAGACGGAUGGCUUCACACUGGAGACAUUGGCAAAUGGCUGCCGAACGGCACGCUGAAGAUCAUCGACAGGAAGAAGCACAUCUUCAAGUUAGCUCAAGGAGAAUAUAUUUCCCCGGAGAAGAUCGAGAGCAUCUACAUCCGCAGCGAGCCCGUGUCUCAGCUCUAUGUUCACGGGGACAGCCUGCAGUCGUGUCUGGUGGGAAUCAUCGUCCCGGAUCCAGAGGUCUUACCCUCGUGGGCUCAGAAGAAGGGCUUUGAGGGAUGCUAUGACGAGAUGUGUGGAAAUAAAGAAAUUAAGAAAGCCAUUCUGGAGGACAUGGUGCGCUUGGGAAAAGCCAGUGGCCUCCAUUCAUUCGAACAGGUUAAAGACAUCCACAUCCAUAAAGAAAUGUUCUCCGUACAGAACGGAUUGCUGACCCCGACUUUAAAAGCCAAGAGACCGGAGCUGAAGCAGUACUUCAAGACGGAAAUCGAGCAGCUGUACAGCAACAUCUCCAUGUAGUCGCUCGUCUCCAGCAGAUGAGGACGUUCCAGCAUUCCUUCACUAUUUGUUCUUCUUCAUUGAAAACUAGCUGGCACUAAGCGCUCGGAACGAGCCAUGGGCGUCCAGGCCGAGCAUGAGCUUUACUCGCUAUAAGAGUCAUUAAACGAGCUGUGAAUGUCAACGGUUGGUGUGCCUUUAGAAAUGUGGCAGAGCUGCAACCAAAUCGAGUCGUCCUCCGAAAGCGGAAGCGUCCCAGCUAGCAUGCAUGCUUCAUUCAUCUCCGGUGGGCCGAGGAGGGCAAAGGUCACCCGUGUCAGUUCACCUUUCCUUUACAGGUCUGAAGGGAAAUCCAGCACAUUUCGGGCUAUAAGCCAUGCAUGCUGUGUGCCGGCGCUCCGUGUCUGACAUUCCCAGCCCCUUUGAGACAUUUUGCAUACAGACCUCAUGCACA